UCCGCACACCAAUCCCUCUACGGCCCCCCAACUUUCAGAUACCCCUUGCGGUCCCGCCCCCUUCGGAACUCCUGGGGGCCCUUGGACGCCUGCCCAAUUCCCCUGCCCAGUUAAAAUCUCUUUUAUCCCUCGACCGCUUCCCGCCACCCCGGCCCGCAGACCCCCGUCAUGGCCCGGUCGUACGGCGGCCGGGUACUGGCCGCGAUGACCCUGCUGGGCAUCCCGGCGGCCGUGCUGGCGGCGCUGGGAGCGCAGCUGCUGUUCCAGCUGCAGGCUGGCCGUGCAGAGCUGCGGGGACUGCGCGCCGACGGGCUCGGCCCGGAACUGGGCGCCGGCCCCGGGAUGCCCGAGGACGCGGCUGGGGCGCUGCUGCCGCUGGCCGCCGCGCUCGCCGCGCUCGCCCUGGUGUUGGGCCUCACCUGCCUUCUGCUCGCCGUCCUCUGCGGCCACCUGGGCGCCGAGCUGGCGAGGGGGCCCGGCCCCGGCAGGUCUGACUGGUUUCUCCAUGACUGCCGCCUCCUCAGACACGUGGCCCUUGGCCUUUUCUGCUGUGGGGUCUCUGUCUACUUAGCAGCACUGUCCAUCUAUGCCCUGCUGCUCUUUGAGAUCGAGACAGGUGCAGCAGCCGCCUCCAUCCUUGGAGUGGGUGCUCUGGUCCUGGUGGCGGUGCUGACCCACACUCUGCUCCGAGCUGCCCAGGCCACCCGCCGUGGCCUCCAUGAACUAUCCCCACCGCACUUUGAAGACGACCCUGUCCGCCAUGCUGAAGUCUCCAAGGCCAGCCCCGGGGCUGAGCCCCAGCAGGAUGAGGAAACCGAGGUCCAGAGAGAGGCAGUGACUCACCAGGAGUCCCGUGGCCAGUACUGAGCAUCAGAGUCAGGAUUCCAACCAGGGUUCUGUAACCCCCAUGCUGCUGACAGUGCAAGUCUCAGACUCUGCGACUUCUUCUGGGCUGUGAGCAUUUGAAAUCUGUGUGCUGAGCUCAGAGCAGCCCAGAGCCACAGGUGCACCCAGGGCUGGACCCAGCCUUCUGGCUGUGAGCCCCUGGCUGGGGUCUUCACUGCUCUGCAUCUCAAUUUCCUUGUCUAUAAAAUGGGACAGAAGCAGUUCCCCCUCCUAGGGCUCCUGUGAGACUCGGUGUAAGCCUACCAGGUGCCUGUGCACAGGAGGUCCUCAAUGCGUGUCAGCCUGUGCUGUCGCCAGUCGGGGCCCCUGGUCACAGGAAAAGGUGGGUUAAUGGCCACUUUCUGGGGCUCAUGAAACUGCCAAGGCUUAGAGUAGAUAACUCAAAGCCCUCGGGAUCUCCAGAGGCCCUGGCCCUACUCCCAUCCCGCACGACCCUCAAAUAAACUCUAACCCUCGCUAUCUCCUUUGUCAGUUGAACCACUUCCAAACAUGCUGUGUGGUCAAGCCCAGGCCCAGGAUAAUGGAUGGGGUGAGAGGAGUGGGGUGGGGAGGCAGAAGUGGGGGACAAGGGUAUGCUCCUUGUAGACCCUAGUUGGGGACCCAUGUCCCACAAAUCUUCAUGCAUAUCAAUUUCACUGGGAGUGGGGAUGCCUGGCCUCCACCCUCACUCCAAAUGGACAGAUGUCUCCAGAAUUCUCCCAGCCUGUCCCUUCCUGGGCCACACAGAGACUCUGAGGCCCAGGGACAGGAGACGGCUCGGCCACAAAGUGGCUUAAAGCCCCCCUAGGACCCUUUCCAACGGACAGAGAGGUGACAGCGCUCAGCAGGGGCGGGGGCUGGUCCCCCAAGUCUGACCUUGGCAGGGACCCCGCUGACCUGAUACACCCAGACCCGAAUGGCCCACCCACUCUGACUCCAGCUGCCUCCUCCCAGAGUCCCCGGGAAGCUGCACAGACCUUCUUGCUAGUGCAGUGGAGUGAAGAGAGAACACAUGAACGAACCACAUGGCUCCUGACACAUGGGGCACCCAGUAAGCAUGGGUUCUCGGGGAGCAUAAUAAACAUCAAUGAAAAAGAUCAAAUAAGAAUAAAUG